AUGGCCCAGCUAAAGACCGGUGGGGGCAGCACAGAUGCGAAGGCAUCCGAACGGGCCGGUGACCUAGCAUCGACCGCCCGGACCAGCUUCGACUGCUCCGAGGACGAGGAAGUGGCACUGAUUUUCAACUUCGAAGAAAAGGAUGCCCGCCAGAAGCUAGCCAGCUUCCCCAAGUGCUCCCGGCUGGUGAUAAGUCCCGAUUUGCAGGCGGAGCUCGGCAUGGAGGUGGGCACGAGCGUGAGCGUGGAGCAUCCGUGGCGCGAGAUCAAGAAGGAACUGCUGGAGGACCAUCUGCCGGGCAAGACGAAGGGCCAGCGGCAGCUGAAGGACCGGCUGAAGGAGCUGGAACCGGGCCGGUUGAUCCUGGUGGGCUACCUACCGGACCACGGUACCGACGAUGACGACCUGUUCGCGGUGUUUACGGACGCGCACGAGAUCCGGGACGCCCGUGAGCUGAUCCGGCGCCUCGAGCUAACCGAGCGGCUCCGGGCGGCAGCCGCCAUGCGGAAGCGGGCCCGCCGCUGGGUAUCGCGCGGGAGCGAACGCGAGGUCGAGUGUUUCAUCCCGCUCCGGCGCACCAACGUGGUGAACGUCGAGUCGCAGAGCAUCUACGCGGUGCACCGGAGCCGGUCCCGGUCGUACCGGUUCGCGGUGCGGCUGGUGGCGGACGCCCGUGACGGUUACGUGGAGCUGGUGCCCCGUACCGUGUUCCACAAUAUCGUACGCAAAUCGGUCGACUUUGGUGUGCAGCUGCGGCCACAGAAGAUGCACCAGCACCAGCAGACGGAUCCCACCUUCCCGACGAACGCCUGGUCCCAGUAUCUGUACGAGCUGGGCAGCGAACCGUCACCAGCAGCAGCAGCAGUAGCAGCAGCCACCACCACAAAAGCAACGAUGGCGGCCACCACGAGCACCGCCACAGCGAUGGAACAGCUGCCCGAUGCGUCCCGGGUCAGCGGUUACGUCGAGCGGCUACUGAAAACGCUCGAGUUCAACCAGAUCGACAUGUACCGGAACGACUAUCCGAUCAUUUCGCGCCACAAAUCGAUCCCAAAGUACGAGCAGCCCGUGGUCGACGAGACGCUGUGCUUCAUGGACCGGGCAACCUGCGCUAACCGGCAGGUGGCAUCGAUUGAGUGGCAUCCGACCCUCCCCGGUACGUUUGUCGCUUCCUACGUGCAGCACAUCGCGGCCAGCGUACUCAGCACCAGCACCAGCACCACUAGCAACAACCGCAAGGAUCCAGUCAAUCGGCUAGUGUUCGAAAAGUGUCCAGUGUUGGCGUGGAAUGUUGCGGACUCGUUGGUGCCGAAACUGUGGCUCGAGUCACCGCGCGAGGUAACCACACUCUCGUUCUGCCCGUACGAUGGCCACCUACUGGUGGGUGGCCUGUCCAGUGGGCAGCUCGCCCUCUGGCAGCUGACGGCUGGCGAGCUGGAACACCUCGCUGGGCCAGCGAGCAGCAAAGCGACACACCCAAACACCUCCCACAGUGUCAACCCGCAUCCGCCGCAUCAUCCGCCACAUCACCAUCAUCAUCACCAUCACCACCAUCAGCAUCACCGAACGUCGGUUACCGGAGCUGGGGAACGAUCGUACCGGAGCGAAAUCAGAAGCAUCCUCGGCAACGGCGCCGGCCGGGAUGGUGCGGCUGGGCGUCGUACCGGGCCAACCGGGGUGGAUCGGACCGAACCCGUCCACGUCCAGCCGGUGGCCGUCAGUGCCCUCGAGUGGUCCGCACGCAAACCGAUCACCGUGAUCCGCUGGUUGCCCCCGAACAUCCAGUGCGCCAACACGGGCCAACUGCGGCCAACUGCGGCCGGUGAGACCGACCGGCGCCCGGUACGCUUUCUCCUCACGGCCUCCCUCGACGGGACGGUGUGCGUGUGGGAUCUGGAUGCCGUCGCCACGGAGCCGGGCCGGGCCGGGGGAAUCGGCCACCAGCAGGCGGCAUUCCACCCGACGUUCCGGAUCCGGUGCGAGCAGCCGAUCGUGCAGCUGGCGUUCGACGAUGCGCUGCGGCCGGGUGCCGGUGCCGGUGCCGGUGCCGGAACCGUGGAACGCCCGGUGACGGUGACGGAGGCCACCACCGGCGGUGGUGGUGCCGCCGUCUGCCGCCAGUCCUUCAUCGCUGGCACCGCGCUCGGUGGGUUGUUCUGGGGCAAGUGGGACGGUUACGAGUUCGAUCAGGGUGCAACCGUCAACGAGGAACCGGUACGGGACCGGGACCCGUUCGCACCGAUCCACGACGGACCGCUGGUGGCGAUCGCCCGCAGCCCCUUCCUCCACGAUGUCCUGCUGACGGCCGGUGGGUCCGUGCUGGCGAUCUGGACCACCGACUCCCGCCAGUCGCCCAUUUUCUGGCGCCGCAAACCGUCACCGGUCACCGCCGGUGCCUGGAGUCUCGAACGGCCGUCGGUUUUCUUUCUCGGGCACGCCAACGGUGAUUUGGAGAUCUGGGAUCUGCAAAUUCGAACAUCGGCGGCGUGCGUAACGCUCAAUCUCGGUGCCUCGGUCCUCUCGGUCAUCACGCAGCAUCCGUACCGUACAGGGCCGGUGGGCGUUACCCGGGCCCACCAGCUGGCCGUAGCGGACGGGACAGGCAACGUGCGGCUGCUAACCAUCCCCGGUCCGUUCGCCGAACCGCUGCCAACCGAGCGGAAACGCUUCCGCCAGCUGAUCCGGACCGAGCUGGCGCGGAAACACGAACAGGCGGCCUGGGUCGCCCGGUACUACGAGCAGAACCGGCAGCAGAUCGAGGCGAAGCUGCGGGCCGAACGGGAGGCACGCGAGCUGGCGGAACGCCAGGAGGUGGAACAGCAGGAGCACGAUGACUUCCUGCGGCGGCAGGCGAUCGAGGAAGCGAAGAAGAAGGCGGUCCGGGAUGCGACGAAGCGGAUGGAUUUGGGGCGGCGGCUCGAAGGGCGGUACCGGGCCCGCUACUACCGGGCCCUCAUCCGCACGAUGAUGGUACGCCGCCACCUCAGCCCGGGCCUGCUCGCCAAGCAGAUGCAACCGGAGCGGGAACGGCGCCGGUACGACGUGCUGAAGCGGGCCGCCAUCGCCGACAGUGUCGCUGCGUCGCCCGGUGACUACCGGCGGGUGCGGGGGGCGCUUGCACCACACCCACCGGCAACCCGUGACGGUGAACCGGCCACCGGGACCCCUCGCCCACCCGGGUUUCGGUCGGAGGACGAACUCGGUGACUAUCCGCGCGUCAGCUGGGAGGCGGCGGAGGUGCUGCGCAACUUUCGCCUUCCACUCGAGCCGAACACGAGCUUCGCCCACAUUCUGGUGAAGGGUAGCGCACGGCGGGCACUGGUGUUGGCCGAGGUGUCCGGCAACCGGGACCAUCUGCAGGCGUUCCUGCAGAAGCGUGCCCAGCGGCGAACCGAUGGCCGGGGUGAGUUUGGCACCGGUACGGACACGGAAGAAAGCACCGUUACUAACGGCAGUCCGCCCGAUGGGAGACCGGCACCGGGUAAGGCGGGACCGUCCGUCGGGCUCCAGCGGGCACGCUCGGUGACGUUCAUCGACGAUGUGACGAUUGGCGCUGGCGCUGGCCAGCAACCGAUUUAA